UAGAAAUUGUUUUUGAGGAGGCAACUUCAUGUUGUGGAGAGAUUGCAACAGUAUUCUUCGAAAGAUUGGCAGCUGAUUUUGUUUUUGACCUCCUGCCAUGUCCGAACUUCUUGACAGCAGUGGAAAUAAUGACGAUGGUGAUGUAACUGCUGCAGGAAACGUCCCGGAAAGAUUGCUUCGCAAGCGGAAAUGCGACAUGCCUCUACUUGAGUCACCAGGGAAGGUUCCAUGUGAGAAGCCACAUACCCAUGGUGAGCCAACUGAUGGAUCUUCAACUUCCUCCAAUGGCAACCAUCUGCAUUCGGUAUCAGCCCCACUUACGCCAAUCACACGAUAUAUCCGUUGUGGUGGCAGCCAAGCGCCAACACGACGGGAGAUUAUCCUGUAUGGGUGCCUGCAUACAUUUGUUGGCAAUCAGCCAUUCCGGGCACGCCGCCACUGGAAUGCGGAUGUGGAAAGGGCGCUGCAGGCCGUCAACGCCAUCGUGCCAGCAGAGGACAGAGUGGAUGCCUACGCUCUAUACUACUACCUUCACGCUGGCACGAUGAGGGGAACCAUGGGGAAGUACCUUGGUAAAGUACGCUGGCGGAAAUUUGCCCCAGUCUGGAAGGAUUUCCAAACAAGGUGCAAACCGGAGCUGAGCCGUGCAGGGUCAUCAUUGGAUGAAGGCACAGAUGUGCAAACCUGCCGUGCUGCUGCAAAUGCUGCUAUCAUAGCUUGGCGCAGUGGUGGUGGUAGUGCUUCUUCAAGUGAAGUACCUCAUCCAGUUGCACCCACACUCCCUUCAACACCCGUAUUCCCACCAACACGUGCACCCACACCCACACUCCCUUCAACACCCGCACCCACACGUGCACUCCCUACAACACCCGCACUCCCUUCAACACCCGUAUUCCCACCAACACGUGCACCCACACCCACACUCCAUUCAACACCCGCACGUGCACUCCCGUCAACACCCGUAUUCCCACCAGCACGUGCACUCCCUUCAACACCCGUAUUCCCACCAACACACGCACCAGCACUCCCGUCAACACCCGCACCAGCACGUGCACUCUCGUCAACACCCGUAUUCCCACCGGCACGUGCACUCCCUUCAACACCCGUAUUCCCACCAACAUGUGCACUCCCUGCAACACCAGCACUCUCACCAACACCCGCACUCACAGGAACACAUGUGCUACCAUCAACACACACAGCACUGAGUACUACAGUUCCGCAAACCACAGCGUCGAACACAACCAUCUCAAGUGCAACCUUCUCUAUCAAAUCACUUUUCGAGUACAUAAUGGUGCGACCAACAUUGGAAUUUUCACUUUGGCAUGUUACGGAUGGCCAAGACAGCGUAAUGCUGCAGUACCAUGGAGGUAGUCCUACCCACGCAACCCGCUCCAUCAUAGUCCAUAAUCAUCUUGCGUACGAGGUUUACAUAUUUGGAAAGAAAGUUGUUCAAGAAUGGCAGCCAUGUAAAAUAAAUAAUAUAGAUGAUAUUAAAUCAGUAAUGGCAAAAGUAAUAUCAGCCAGAGUCUGCAUUGGAAAUUCCCACGCCCAAAACGAGGAAUUGAUGAAGAGCCGUCUCGAUGGAGAAACGUUCCAUGGCAAGGACGGCACUGUCACGGCAGUGCUAGAGGAGAGCUGGGUUCCUGGUCGGUGCAUUCGCACAUCUGUGUGCCCAAUUGUGGUCGAGAUUGACAUUCAAUGUGGGGCAUGUAGCGUAUUCUCGGCAACUCUAAGAAAGGCACGGUCGCGACAGUCUAACCGCACAGCCGAAGACCGAACUACAACAGCACAUGCAUUCCUCUCCCGUGCAGAGCUUUCUGGACGACUGCACGAUUCGCAAGGACAAGUUCGCACCAUGAAGAGACACAUCUCCAGGCUGGAGGAACGCCAGGAGCGAAUGGUAGAAGUGACUUGCACAAUACACCAGUCUUCCUAA